AUGGGCGACAAGAUAGAUGACCUCCCGGCGUCGGAGCACAUCCAUGACCAUGACAUUAUCGGCGACGAGAAGGCAAUCGCCGAGACGGCCGACCACCUGCGCAAGCUGUCGCCCGAAGAGCUCGAGGUGGAGAAGAGGCUCAGGAAGAAGAUAGACGUCCUCAUCAUGCCGCUCUGCGUGCUGGUCUAUCUCAUGAACUACAUCGACCGAAACAACUACGCCGCCGCCCGCCUUCAGGGCCUCGAGGAGGAUCUGAACAUGACCGACCGCGAGUAUCAGAUCGGCCUGUCCACCCUGUUCGUUGGCUACGUCCUCAUGCAGGUCCCGUCCAACGCCAUGCUCAACUAUGCUGGGCGCCCGUCUUGGUAUAUCGGCUUCUUUGUCAUCAUCUGGGGCUUGGUGUCGCUCCUGACCAGUCAGGUCAAGACUGCCGGACAAAUCAUAGGCACCCGUUUUGUUCUUGGCUUUGUCGAGGCUCCCUUCUUCCCCGGCAUCCUGUUCUAUCUUUCUAAAUGGUACACCAAGGAGGAACUUUCGCUGCGCAUGGCCAUCUUCUACUCGGGCUCCCUGAUCUCGGGUGCCUUCGGAAACCUCAUCGCCGCCGGUAUUCUGAACGGAUUAGCCGGCGCACGCGGCUAUUCGGCUUGGCAGUGGCUCUACAUCCUGGAGGGCGCCAUCACAAUCUUCUUCGGCAUUCUCGUCUGCCUCGUCCUGCCCGACUUCCCAGACACCUGGAAAAAGCUGUCCGAAGACGAGAGGCGGGUGGCCAUGCGCCGGCUUGCCAUUGAAGCCUCCGAGGCCGACGUCGACGAGGCCGGCGGCAUGUCACAGAUCCGCGGCAUUAAGUUGGCCCUGACAGAUCCCAAGACGUACCUCCUCGCCUUGGCCUACCAUGGCCAGACCGGUGCUGCUGGUAUCCAGAACUACUUCCCGACUCUUACACAGACGGUCGUCAAGGACCGCAUCCACGCCCUGCUCCUCUGCGCCCCGCCUUAUAUCUUCAUGGUGGUCUUCUCCUUCGUGCACUGCCGAAUCUCGGAUAAGUUGGCCAAGAGAUUCUGGUUCUUUACUUACCCAAUUCCAAUCACGAUUGUGGGCUUUAUCGUCUUCAUGGCGGUCGAUAACUUUGGUGCUCGAUACUUCUCCUUGUUCCUGCAGAUCUUUGUCUUUGCCCUGAACGGCAUCAUCUACGCGUGGAUAUCCUCCUCGAUCCCCCGCCCGCCCGCGAAACGCGCCGCCGCCCUGGCAUUUAUCAACUCAGUAGGCAACGCGGCCUCGAUAUGGACGCCGUUCACAUACAAGACAAAGGAUGCACCCCACUACCGGCCGGCCCUGGGCAUCUGCAUAGGUCUGCAGGUUCUCGCUGCCGUCUGCGCGCUCGCCCUGAAGUUACUACUUGAGAAGCAGAACGCCCAACUUGCGAGGAUGGAGAACUCGGAUGCUCAACUCACAGAGCGUGAUGUCAAGAAGCUUGAGAAGACUGCCCAGGUCGAGGGUGUCACUGUCGCUGAGGCAAGGGCUCUGCAAAAGGGCUACCGCUACAUCAUCUGA